UCCAAGCCAUUCACUGGCCACUGUUUUCAUAAUCUCCAUGCUUGGGUUAAAACAUCCCUGAUGUUGCAUCACAAGUGGGUUUUGCAAGCUGGGGAGCACCCAGCAAAAACUCUGGGCUAUGGUGAUUGCUGCAAGAGCUUGUGCUGCUGUGGCAGAGCUGGCUAGAACACAAGGGAUUUCUCUAACUGCUAAUUUAUGCAGGUUCACAGUAUAAGAGAAAACCCCGUGGUGUUUCCAUGUCAAACAAGUGAAAUUUUAAUAUGUUAAGCAUGCAUCUGCAAACCAGAUAAACCCAAGCACAUCAUCUACCACUUACUGAGUCUGUCUAGCACUUUUGAUAUGCUAACCACAGUUAUUUCUGAGCUCUUCGAGUUAGUCCUCUGUAAUAAAUUACUGUUGACUGAAUGAUUACUAAGAUUGCAUUAACAUUAAUGCUUAAGACAAUACACUCCACAUCCCUAAUUUCCUCAUGGGAGCAGGCACGCAUUGCAUUUUACUAUGGUUCUUGCACAGCCUCAGGGCAGGGCAGGUGGAGGGCUGCUGCCUGCGGCUGUCUGGGAACCCCUGAUCCGUCCCAACUGGACCCCACCCUGCUCUUAUCACUGGGGACAGCUUAGACUGCUCAGAAGCCCAGGCCUGGUAUGAGGAUGUCCUCUCCGAACAGGAGAUAUCUGCAGCUUCCCAUGACAUGAGCUCUUCACCCACAUCCAAAGCAGCAGCAGAUUGCUGCGUGGCCAGAUAAAUGUUGCCACAUGCUUCUCCUCCCCAGGCACCAUCGCUUCCACUCCGUGCUUCCUUCCCACACUCCCCCGUCGCCCUCUGUGAUCUCUGCUGGAGCGAUGCUUCCAGCCUGGCCUCGCACAUCGCCGGCACGGCCACCCUCGCCUGGGCACAGCCCGACCCGGGCACCCUGCUCACAGCUCCAGGGAGCCGCAUGGUCCGAGCAGGGCAAGCGCUGCUCUUGUUUUAGACACCACCGCGUGUCUGAGUACUCCCUGAGUCAUUUCAGAAGAUGACAGCGUUGUUUGGAUUUCUGAAAUGGCUUUGACAGCUAUCUACGUAUCCGACUGUGGGCAAAGCCAGAGUCACGUGUGGAGCAGGAAUAGUAAAUGGAAAGGAGAUGGGAAUAUAAAAAGCUCCUCUCUCGAGGCCAGAGCUGCUACAGGCUCCUUGAGCAGACACUGCUGACCUUGUCUGCUGCCGAGAGUGAGCACUGCUGGGAAAAAGCACUGAGCUGCAUUAAGGACGGGAUUUCAGGGGCUGUGAGAACGUUCGAUUCCUAAAGCACUCUCUGGUCCUUGUUUUCCUCUGUGCCAGUGUGUAAGAGGGCUCCCAUUAUUGACAUCGCUGCCUUUGGUGGGAUGAGCCAGGGAGAGAGACCCCGCCGGCCCGGCAGCUCCCAGCUGUUGGCUCGCUGUUCCAGCUCCCUGUCCAUUAACUGUGCUGGUGAUGCCCGGCUGUGCUCCGCUCCCGCGGGGGAGGUACGAUGCUGUGCCUCCAUCUUGCAGCAGCAAUACAGGGCACAGCCUCUUUUGGGUCCCCGAAGGGAGGGAUUCAGGGCUCGGGGAAGGCUGGGGGCGGCGGAGCCAUCGCCGCGCUCCCACCAGGCGCUGAUCUCGCACCGGCAGCUGCUGCCGAGACGGCCGCCCGGUCCCUCCGUGCCGGUACCGGCACCACCCGCUCCGCUCCGGCUGCGGCUGCCCAGGCAAAUAAAUGGAAAAAAACCGGACACGCCUCCUGAGGAAAGCUCCGGAGCCGGCGGCGGAGCAGAAGCGGUGCCCGGGGGAAGGCUCCGGGGAUGCCACGGGGAGGCGGGGUGGGCAGAGCCCGGGGCUGGCCGAGCCCCCCCGGUCCCCUCCGGCCGGGCUGGCCGGGCCGGGACGCGCCGCCCCGCGGGGGCCGGGCCGGGCCGGGCCGGGGCGGAGCCGCCCGCGCCUCCUCCGCGGAGCGCGCGGGGCCGGGGGAGACCCGCGGAGCUCCGCGCUCGCCAUGCGCGACUACGACGCGGCCACCGCCUUCCUGGGCGAAUGGGGCCGCUUCCAGCGCCUCGUCUUCUUUCUGCUCAGCGCCAGCAUCAUUCCCAAUGGCUUCAACGGGAUGUCGGUCGUGUUCCUGGCCGGCACGCCCGAGCACCGGUGCGUCGUGCCCCGCGGGGCCAACCUGAGCGGCGAGUGGCGCAACGCCAGCAUCCCGCUGGAGCCGCGGGGCGGGCAGGAGGUGCCGAGCCGCUGCCGCCGCUACCGCCUGGCCGCGCUCGCCAACUUCUCGGCGCUGGGGCUGCGACCCGGCUCCGACGUGGAGCUGGAGGCGCUGGAGCAGGAGCCGUGCCUGGACGGCUGGGAGUACAGCCGCGAUGUCUAUCGCUCCACCAUCGUCACCGAGUGGAACCUGGUGUGUGAGGACGACUGGAAAGCCCCACUGACCACCUCCCUCUUCUUUGUGGGGGUCCUCAUCGGCUCCUUCAUCUCGGGGCAGCUCUCAGACCGGUUUGGCAGGAAGAAUAUCCUUUUUUUGACAAUGGCUGUGCAGACUGGCUUCAGCUUCCUGCAGAUCUUUUCCACCAGCUGGGAGAUGUUCACCGUGCUCUUUCUCAUUGUGGGGAUGGGACAGAUCUCUAACUACGUGGUGGCCUUCAUUUUGGGCACAGAAAUUCUUGGCAAAUCAGUUCGUAUUCUAUUCUCUACAUUAGGAGUUUGCAUAUUUUUUGCAAUUGGCUACAUGUUGCUGCCACUGUUUGCUUACUUCAUCAGAGACUGGCGGAUGCUGCUGCUGGCGCUCACUGUCCCGGGGCUGUUCUGCAUCCCGCUCUGGUGGAUCAUUCCUGAGUCUCCUCGGUGGCUGAUCUCCCAGGGAAGAUAUAAGGAAGCAGAAGCUAUUAUCCAAAAGGCUGCAAAAAUGAAUGGCAUGCCAGCCCCAGAUGUGCUUUUUGACACUGCAGAGAUGCAGGAUUCGAAGCCUCAGCAGCAGCAGAAGGCUAUCCUUCUGGACCUAUUUCGAACCCGAAACAUUGCAACUAUUACUAUUAUGUCAUUACUUUUGUGGUUUUUCACAUCAGUUGGUUACUUUGGCCUGUCCCUCAGCACUCCAGACUGGCAUGGAAAUGCCUACAUCAACUGCUUCCUCUCAGCUGUUAUUGAAGUUCCAGCGUAUGUGAUCGCCUGGCUUCUCCUCCGCUCCCUCCCACGGCGCUACUCCUUAUCUGGCACCUUGUUUUUAGGGGGAAGUGUUGUCCUCUUCAUUCAGCUGGUUCCUGCAGAACAUAAUGUCCUCUCUGUUGGACUGGUGAUGCUUGGGAAGUUUGGCAUCACAGCUGCAUUUUCAAUGCUUUAUGUCUACAAUGUGGAGCUGUACCCAACGCUGGUGCGGAACAUGGCAGUGGGAGCGACUUCCACGGCCUCCAGGCUGGGCAGCAUCAUUGCUCCUUACUUUGUUUAUCUGGGUGCCUAUGACAGAUUCCUACCAUAUAUCCUGAUGGGGAGCCUGACUGUGCUGAUUGGGAUCCUGACCCUGUUUCUCCCAGAGAGCUACGGCAAUGCGCUGCCCGAGAGCUUUGAGCAGAUGCUGAAGGUGAAAUGUUUCAGAAAUGAGCAACAAACCACUGGCAUUAGGAGUUCCAAGGAGAGUCCUAAAAGUCUGAUAACAGCUUUGUGAAGAAAGAGACACCUCUCAGAGGGGCUGAAAGAAGAACAAAAUCAUCUCAAAAUGCAUUUGCUGCCAGAGGAAAAUGAACAAAACCCAACAGCUACUGCACCAUAGUUGUUAUCCCCUGUGCUGCUGUCCCCAAAUUAUGUAGUAUACUGCCCAGAUGCUGUGUGCUCCUGCAGGACCAUUAGUCUGUCAUUCAGUGUCCUGUUCCCUGCUGUUUGUCAGCAGACACAGUCCCUGUUGAGACAUGGGGGCCUGUCUGUGCUGAACACAAGUCAAGGAGUAAGCUGGAAGUGAGCCUUAGAAAUCACACAGCAGUGACUCCAGGCAGUCAGGUAAAAGCUGCUGAAAGGGGAAAAAAUAGCAACCCUAAUUCUGGUGUUUUUUCUCACUUUGUGUGUUGACUGGAGGAAGGGGAGCUGGGUGUCUGCCUUUCAAAACCUGAAAGAAACAUCCUGGCCUCCUUUGAAAUCUGUGGCUAAAGCCCAUAGACUGGGUGGAGUCAAAAUUCAUUUGUAGCAGAGCAGACACAGACUUGCCUGUAAGGACACGGGUUUUAAACACACCAUCAGAGUGGCUGUAGAUGUCACUUGCUUUUCCCAGGACCUGGGAUCCCCCUGUUCCUGUAAAAGCUGCUGCUCUUUCAUAAAGCCUGAGCCCACCCAAAACUCUCAGCUUUGUGAAUCUUCAGUGUCUUUGGGGAAGGGGAAAAAUCUUGAGCACUGAGAAAGGACUAUAAUUUGCUGACUUUCUGGUGGGUCACACCCACUUUCAACAGAAAAGUGAGCUGUAGCAAGUCCGUGAUCGUGUGCCAAUGUGCCAUGCAUUACAGCUUUCAGGUUUUUAGUGGUAUAUGGGCAUAAGCAGUUUUUUAGCUCUCUUGGGUGUUUUUUCUUUUUCCCAAAGUAUUUAAUAUCUUCUUUGAAUAUAUACCACUUUGUUCUGCAUCUUCAGAGAACACUCGCUGCAGUUUCAAAAGCUUUCACAAAACCUUUGUAGAAUUUACAAACUUAAAGGCAAUUUGAUGCUCACAAAAAUCUGAUUUUCUGUACUGGAUAUGUUGAGCUGCAGCUAUUAAAAAUUCAAAAGGACUAAUUUGGGACCACAGGGGUUUUUAUAAUAAUAAUUAAAAAUACCAAAACAAAACCCAAACACCAACAAAACCAGUGUUUUGUUUUUCAAAUCCUACAGAUUAUGUAUGUUUGGUUUUUUUGGGGUUUUUUUUGAGUUCAGCAAAACUAGAUUGGAUGAAGAUAAAUGUAGAGCUCAGAGUUGUGCUACUACUGUUUUAUGAACACUACAUUGUUUGAAGAGUGUAAUUCCUCUUAUUUUCCUAUUUAUUGGCUGUAUGUGCACUUCUUGGUCACAUAAAGUCUGUCAGACCUGGUAGACUGAUUUUUAUCUUCUAUAAAUAACAAUUAGCCCUGAUUCACCUGUAAGGGCUAACAAAAGCACAGUGUCUCAUCUCUAAUGCAUGAGUUCAGGGUAGGUUGUCUUGUGCUGGCUCUUGGCACAAGAAUGAGGCUCUCCCUGAAGUUCAAGCACAAAUAUUAAGCUUUAUAACAAAUGCAAGGAACUUGUGCAAUUAACUCAAGCUGCUUUUGGGAGUUGAAAUACUAUUUUUAAUUUCCUGCAGUAAUGCUUUUGCCAUAAGUGUAACAUGGCAUAAGAGAACCUGUGACUCCUGAUUUUCUCAUCCCUUCUCAAUCAAUUUCUCUAAUAACAGCAGUAUUUAAUCCUGCUUUUACUUUUACAGAAUUAAUCUAAAGAUGUACUGUUUAGAUGUAACUGAAUUUCUCAAGAAAGUCUUUUUAUCAGCAUAGGACAGGUUUGAGGACUUGAGUUAAAUAUAGGUGGUCAUAUUUUUAUGAAGAUUGUUAUUUUGAGACUUAUUUGAUGUGAUUGUAGGCUUGGGUAUUUCUAAAAGGUAAAUAUUUUUGUACUUUUGAACCUUUCAGUAUCUUAAAACCUGUUUUUUCCUUUUUUAAAUAAGAAAAAGUGCAGUGUUUUUUAAAAGACCAUGUGUUAACCAGUCUCAUUUUUCUUACUUAAACCAUUGAUCUCAAGCUAGCAUCACAUUUUAGUAUUUUUUGCAGCAGAUUUAAUAAUCUUUCAGGGGAGUGGAAUGCCCUUCUUAAAAUUAUGUGAUGUUGUUAUAAGCCUUAUGGAGUCUGAGCAUAGUGGAAAUGAGGGAAGCCCCAGCUGGAUUGUUCUCACUGACACAGGGGUCAUCACCCUGUGCCUCAUCUGUAACCUCUGUCACCUUUACUGGGGUCUCUCUGCAACCUUGGAUCCUCAGCUGACUUGCUGGAUCUGCUAAUAAUUAUGUAAAGCUGUAGUAAUUGUCAGUCAUUGCCCUCUGUCUUCAUUGCAAUAAAAAUGUGCACUGACAUUGUUUCAA